CAGACAUGGCCGACGAGGAUGAGGAUCAAACGUUUGAGGAUGAGACGGAAGAAGCCUCUGGAUCGGCAGAAGGAGGUCAGGGGAGGCGGAAGAGACUCUUUUCCAAGGAGUUGCGCUGUAUGAUGUAUGGAUUUGGAGAUGACCAGAACCCUUAUACAGAGUCGGUGGAUAUCCUGGAAGAUCUGGUGAUAGAAUUCAUUACUGAGAUGACCCACAAGGCAAUGUCCAUUGGGCGCCAGGGCCGCGUGCAGGUGGAGGAUAUCGUUUUCCUGAUCAGGAAGGAUCCACGCAAAUUUGCCAGAGUCAAAGAUCUGCUGACUAUGAACGAGGAGCUGAAACGGGCAAGGAAAGCCUUCGAUGAGGCCAACUAUGGCUCCUGAAAGCCUGAGUGUGUUUCUGCUACAAAUCUCAAUUAUCUGCCGACACCAUUAUACCUUUCUUUAGCCACUGUUUGGCUGCAUCUGAAAAUGUUAUCACUGGGGGGUGGGCCUGUGAGACCCUCGGACAUAACUUCUCACAUCCUGAUUGGCUAAUAGUGAUAUAGUCUGUAGGUACAGUCCCUGCCAGCUCACAGUACCGACCCGUGUCUCUCUGCUCCCCCUUGUUUGUGUGUCUAUUCCCUGGGCACUGCGUUUCCCCCAUCACAAUUACUGCAGGAAAGUCUGAGACAAAAGCUAAGGAACUGCUAUAAAAGAAACGUUUUGCAGAAAACACUAUAACCUCACUCACAAUGACUGGAUUUUAGGACAUUGACAGAAAGUGCAGUUUUUUGUGUUAAUUUAUGUGUUAUAUGCGGGAUGCUAAUAAACUCCUUUUAUACUAAUAA